GUUUCUUUCUUUCACGGCGACACGCCCACCACCCUUCUUCAUACCUAACGACCUCAACCAGUUCAACCCUCCCCUCUUCACUCUUAGUCUCUUCAUAGCUUCCUGUCCCGUCUACCGAUCGGUCUAAUCGUCAAACCAUGCCUCCCUUUUUCGACCGUGUCCAACUUCACCAGGCUGUGAGCAGCCAAGCCGUCCCCGCCCUUGAGGCAAUGGCUGCAAACGACAACCUGCGUUCGCUCCUCCGUUUUGAGCGCGAUGAUCCUCCGCCCUACGUAUCGUCGACCGAGUCGGAAGAGCUCGACGACGCUGACCUUAACCCGCCACCGCGAGGUCGCCCGAUGCCAGAAGAGCUGAAAGCCGUCAUGGAGCGCCCGAUCGACGACGACGAACUCGACCGCAUUUCAUCUAUCUUGCGCUCAAUCGUAUAUCCCGACGACUUCUAUUACACAGAAGCGAUGCGCGAGUAUUACCGGCUCAACCACCGUAGUCGCGGCCCGCGGCCCGAGAUGUUCAGAGGACUGGAUGGCGUUCGGCGACAGGGUGUCAUCGUUCGCCAUAAUGUUAAGCGUCGCUGGGAGAAGCUCGGCGUCUGGAAUCCUGAGUGGGGUUUUGCCGGGCGUAAGGUGCAACCCAACGACAAUUUCCGCAGGUGGACGUGGAGAUGGCAGCCCGAUGGGGCGGCAGACGACCUGAUCCGCGCGUACCACGAUGCGCGUGAGCUCGUUGCACGCGGCCUGCGCCUGCGCCAGAACCUGCGACGCGGCGAGCAUGCCCCCGUGCUCCCGCGGUCUCGCCUCGGACAAGAUACAACUACUGCCCAAGCCGAGGCGUUCCUCAUCUCCAGGCCUUGGUUCAUCUUUCAGAUCGAAGUGGCCGAAGAAAAGGCGAGGUACCGUCGCCUCUCCAACGAGGAUCGAAGACGCUACUCACACUCGGCCCGGGAUCAAGUCAUCGAGUGGUGGAAGGAGCGUGGGGACUGGAGGGGCGAGUUCAACGGGAACGACUGGGUUACUUCCUGGAAGUGGCGGCACGAGUCUCCCUCCCCAGAGCCCGAAGACCUCACACCCAUCGACAACAUGAAGGACAGCCCGCUGGAGGCGACAGACAUGAAGUUCACUCCUUCUGAGAUUGAUGAGUUGGAGACUAUUAAGCUCCCGAGAUCCGAACAGCCCGAGGGUUUCUGGGUCAUAGAAGAGGGAGACAUGCCACCAUCCUUUCCUGGACAGAUGGUAGACGAUGAAGCAAGGAUUAGGAAACGCGAGAAAGAAAGAGCUGAGAGGCUCGAGAAAGCAAGAGCUGAGGGGCACGAGGAAGCAAGGAUUGACCCUUUCUUGAAAGUAUUUAAAGAAAAAUUCUUCCCAGGACCGGGGCCGUUUCGUCUCUUCGGCCCGCCACAGCUAGUAGAUCACGAAGAGGCAUCCCUAGAAGAGCACGACGUAUCCACAGAGCUCCAAGAGGACGCAUCCGAGCUACAACGAGACGCCGCUUGCCCUCCACUGCAGAAGCAACGACGCCUGCGUCAGCGCCAACCGCAGGACGGGGUGGACAGGGCCCAAGACCAGGACCAGCUCCUCCCGCCACCCCGACGCAGUGCCAGGAUCGCAGGCAUGAAACGCCCCGCGGAGCCCUUACCGUCGCAAACGGCGCCGAACAAGAGACCUAGGGGAAGAGCAGUACCAAAGGCUGCAGCACCUGCCGCCGCACCUGCCGCCCAGCCUACCUCACGGAAGACCCAUCGCACCAAGACAAGACUCGUCCCCGCACGCGCCCCACCAAAGGGGAAGACGGAGACUCGGCCGAGGCAAGGACGGGGGCGUCCGAGGAAGGAGAACGGACUAAGCAUGCAUUCUGCCGUGGGGAAGAAGAAACCAGCGAGGACACCGGCUCCGGCCGGGACCGGGAGCGACAGGGCUGCGGGAACGGAUACGUCGGGUGUACCUAGGCGACGAGGGAGGCCGAGGAAGAAUAAAUAAUAUAAAGUAAUUCUCUUCUUCUAGUAUUUUAAAGCUAAAGGCGAAUAUAGUAGAUAACUUAUUAG